CAAACGAGAAGGAAUCUCACAGAUAAAGGCAAGCAAUACCGCUUUGGUCAUCUAUGGAAACAAAAACCCUUGCCAGCUGAGACACAAACAGCUAGCUAGGCCGGUGGAUCUUGACCUUAUCAUUAAUUAAUAUCAGGGAAUCAUCAAUAUUUCUGGGUUAAUCUUCAUGUAUUGGUUUUCGAAAACAUGUAGACUCAACAUCAGACUCGUCUGCAGGAAUUAUAUCAUUCUUUAAUCUUCAGGGUUUUCUCUUCUUCUAUAUUUAAUUAUAUAUAUCCAUUGAUGUAAAUGGGUCAAUGCAUAUCUGGGCAAGCUGGGAAGCAAAGAUCAUCAGAUCAAUUUGGUGGUGGGGGUGAAGAAGAUCAUACAGAGAAGCUGCAGGCCGGGUGUUUGGCUACUGUGAAAGAGAAACGGUCCAGGCUUUACAUCGCUAGGAAAUGCGCGGCGAUGCUUCUUUGUUGGCACAAAUACGUAACAGAGAAAAGACCUUGCUCAUUGAAGGUAAUGGAGAUUGAAGCAGCAGCUGACUACGCAAUGCUGAAUAAGAAUCAUGCAGACCAACCAAGAAUUUCAUUACAUAAUCAGCUUGUUGGCAUUCAAAUAGAUUCUUUAAAAUUUCACAAGAACAUCUUUCAAGAUUUCCACAACAACAAACUGGAAUUGGGCGGUAGCUAAUGUAUUCAUCCCAUAGGGUUUUGAACUCACUAAAAUAUUUAGUGACAGACUUUGAUGCUUGAAAAAUAGAGUUGAGUGAU